AGGGUCACUGGACUAGGAUGGGGGAUGGGCCUGUGACAGGAGGUGCCCUGGGUGUCCUCGUUCGGCCCCAUGGAGUCCUCUCCCAUCCCCCAGUCAUCAGGGAACUCUUCCACUCUGGGGAGGGUCCCUCAAACCCCAGGUCCCUCUACGGCCAGUGGGGUCCCAGAGGUGGGGCUGCGGGACGUGGCCUCGGAAUCUGUGGCUCUCUUCUUCAUGCUCCUGCUGGACUUGAUCGCUGUGGCUGGCAAUGCUGCUGUGAUGGCUGUUAUCGCCAAGACACCCGCCCUCCGAAAAUUUGUCUUCGUCUUCCACCUCUGCCUGGUGGACCUGCUGGCCGCCCUGACCCUCAUGCCCCUGGCCAUGCUCUCCAGCUCUGCCCUCUUUGACCAUGACCUCUUUGGGGAGGUCGCCUGCCGCCUCUACUUGUUCCUGAGCAUAUGCUUUGUUAGCCUGGCCAUUCUCUCGGUGUCGGCCAUCAAUGUGGAGCGCUACUAUUACGUCGUCCACCCCAUGCGCUACGAGGUGCGGAUGACGCUGGGGCUGGUGGCCUCUGUGUUGGUGGGCGUGUGGGUGAAAGCCUUGGCCAUGGCUUCUGUGCCAGUGUUGGGAAGGGUCUCCCGGGAGGAGGGAGCUCCCAGCAUCCCCCCAGGCUGCUCACUCCAAUGGAGCCGCAGUGCCUACUGUCAGCUUUUUGUGGUGGUCUUUGCUGUCCUUUACUUCUUGCUGCCUCUACUCCUCAUCCUUGUGGUCUACUGCAGCAUGUUCCGAGUAGCCCGAGUGGCUGCCAUGCAGCACGGACCGCUGCCCACCUGGAUGGAGACACCCCGGCAACGCUCUGAGUCUCUCAGCAGCCGCUCCACUAUGGUCACCAGCUCGGGGGCCCCCCAGACCACCCCGCACCGGACGUUCGGGGGAGGGAAGGCUGCAGUGGUCCUCCUGGCCGUGGGGGGACAGUUCCUGCUCUGUUGGUUGCCCUACUUUUCUUUCCACCUCUACGUUGCCCUGAGUGCUCAGCCCAUUUCGACUGGGCAGGUGGAGAACGUGGUGACUUGGAUCGGCUACUUCUGCUUCACUUCCAACCCGUUCUUUUACGGAUGUCUCAACCGGCAGAUCCGGGGGGAGCUCAGCAAGCAGUUUGUCUGCUUCUUCAAGCCGGCUCCAGAGGAGGAGCUGAGGCUACCUAGCCGGGAGGGCUCCAUUGAGGAGAACUUUCUGCAGUUCCUUCAGGGUACAGGCUGUCCCGCGGAGUCCUGGGUUUCCCGACCCCUCCCCAGCCCCAAGCAGGAGACGCCUGCUGUGGACUUUCGAAUUCCAGGCCAGAUAGCUGAAGAGACCUCUGAGUUCCUGGAGCAACAACUCACCAGCGACAUCAUCAUGUCGGACAGCUACCUCCGUCCCGCCCCUUCACCUCGACUGGAAUCAUGACAGGCUUUUGGCCACUUGGAGGGAGAUGGGGCUGGGGCCACUUAUGACUGAAGGAACACCUUGU